CGCUAUGUACGAAUACCGUACACCACAGUCGUUCUCGUCGUUUUUCUCGGUUUUUUUUUUUUUUUUUUUUCCGACUAAUAUUUCUUUCCAGUCUAGUAAAAUGUUAUAGCGCGGAUUUUCUUCGCCGCGAUAUUGUCGAGUGUUGUUUUCCGCGUGAACAUCCGUAUCGCGUUUUUGUUGUUACCGUCCGAUUUUGACGUCACGAAAAUUGUAUAGUAUGGCCGGCAACACCCAGAGGCCCACGUUCCGUCCGCCGUGGGUAAAAGACGGCACCACCGACACGCCGCCGAAGGCCACCGUGCCGUGGAGGACCAGAGAUAAGACCGUGGCCGUUUCAUCGGUGGCUAUUGCUCCCGACCAACCGAACGCGGUAUAAUAUUAAAUAUUAUGGACUAUACGUUUGAACAUUUAAUAGCCACGUCAUUACGACGUUUUCGCGAUGCAUUUUUUCGCACCAGAUGCAAUUACUUUAUUUUAUUUAGUCUCGCGCCGAGAUAGCGGUUCGAUUCGCGUUCGGAUUUCCGGUCGUCUGUACUCGAUUUGUUUUUUUUUUUUUAAUUUUAUUUACCGAUUUCCAUUUGUGUCACCUAAAUAGUAUCCGGAGUAGCUGCCCAUCUACCAAUAUUGAUUAUUAUUUUUUUUUUUUUGACUGCAGGCCGACGAAGAAGUGAAACAUUUUAAAUUGAGAAAAGUCGGACAGAACGACGGCAGAAAAGUCACCGAAAUAAAAAUCGUGCCCAAAGUAAGGAUAUACCUAAUGAUCUUAUAUCUUGAAUAUUCCGUGUUACCCGCAUUCCCCGUAAUUGCUGAACGGUCGUCCGACAUUGUGCGUACGGUGUGGGAAAUGCUAAUAUCGGCAAACAUAUAUACGCCCUAUAUGACGUGAGCACUUGGAAUUUCAAAAACCCUCGAAAAACUCAAUAUUUUAAUAAUAUUAUAAAUCUUAUAAUGAGGAACUGCGCAAAAUACCGAAAACUCGUAAUAUUUAUGCGUACAAUAUUAAACGGGCACAAAGCCCUGUUUUACGAGUAAUUAAUUUUAAAAACUGCGCGUCCGUAUUCCAUGCGAUACUUAACGAAUCACGGCGGACAGACGCGAGAAAGGGAUGUAAACGCGUCGUGGGAAAUACGAACAUAUUUAUACGGGACGAAAAUGAUUUUUCGAAACUUUUAUUAUGAUACCUAUGACUUAGAUCGGGAAAACCACAACGUUUCUUUACCACAAAUAUCGUAGGGACGUCGGUGAAAGAUAUUUCAAACAGGUAUCAAAACGAAAAAAAAAAAACCGAAUUAAAAGCCUUACUAAAAAUAACGAUUUGUAUGUUAGCUGUAACAAUAAGCGCCACUUGGUAGAAAUUCUCGAGGGCGCAAAAAUUAUGGAGAUUCUCAAACUCGUGCGGGACUUCACACCUCCUUAUAAUAUCGAAUUGCCUAACAUUUUAUCACUACUACCACUAAAAUUAGUACCUACGUAAUAUUUGUGUCGGUGUUAUAAAAUUAAAAUCGCAUGUUAUUAUGCUGAGUAAACAGUUUCGGCCUGGCACACCAAGGGCGGCUUUGGGGCGGUUUUUUUUCCCAGGAACCCAUAGAAAUCAACGCGAUAUUCGGUCAAAUAUCGGUUUUAUUGGUCUAUCAUAUAUUUCUAAAAUGUAACAAUGGAUUUCGCGGAGACAUGUACAUGUGUAAUAUUAUGCUACAAUCGUAAAAGUGAUUUUCAACAACAUUUCAGUUUUCAGUAAUCGGUGUAUAAAUUUACUCGCUCGCACAAUAAUAUUUAUUAUAAUAAGUUAAUAAUUUGUUAUUUGACUGCAUGUGUGAAUUAGCCAACUAAAGUCUAAACAAUAUUACCUAUGUAUAUUUCAUCUCUGCACAAAAAACAGUCGUACUUAUAGUGAAAUGAAGACGUUUUAUAGGGGGUUCCGUCCGCGGUCGCGGCCAUGGCCAGGCCGACACUGUGUCUAAUAUCAUAUUCUAGUAUACCUACUAGUUUGUUUGUUUUGUUUUUUUUGUCUGUUAUUGUGUGUGGACGCAAAAUGAUACUUUCGCCUCCUCAGACGAAUACUCUGAUAAUAAAUAUUGAUAACGCUGCUAUUUAUCGGAUUUAUUUUUUGUUUUGGAGUUUAAAACUAAUGAGAAAAAUUACAGAUUUGGCAUCGACGAACAAAGAGCCUCGCGCUCGCUAAGAGACGAUCCACGUGCGUCAGCGCAGUAAUAAUAAUAAUAAAAAUAAUAAUAAUACGAAUAAUAACAAUAAUAUAAUUCACGAGAAGUCGGACAAAUUGAACAGUAUUUGUCGCAAAGGCUAACACUGAAACGCGAUAUUAUUGUAGUAUGUAUUCAACCAUCUAAUAUUUCUUCUUAUUAUUAUUAUUUAUUCCGUCCGCACAAGAUUUUUAUUAGAGCGACGACGAUACGUGUAUUUAUAUAAUAUUAUAUCCGGACCACUGUGGCAAAUGAGUCACUUGAGAGGAGGUCACACUAUUAACAUUCUAAGGCGUUUGUACAUAGGCAAUUUCGAUGACGUUUCUGAGAAAACAUACAAAUAUUACCGUUCGUAUCGAUUAAAACACGGUCUCGGGUGGCUUUUCACAAAUAUUUUGGAAACGGUUUUCCAAAUUUUCUCCAGUUUCGUAAAAUUUGAAAAUUGUUUUUACCUCCUAUGGUUUGAUAACCAUUUACGAGGAAGGGUUACGGUCGUUUUUACGGACGAAUUUGACGUUUUAGACCAAUAAGAUUGAGUAAAAUUGUUGAAGCUAACCCAAUUUUUAUUUUGAAAACACGUGUGAUUUUUUUUGAUUUCUUGUCUAAAUUUUUUUUAUUUGGUAAAUUUAGUUAAAGUAUACGACGAGUUUACCGGUUUUUUUUUUUUUUUGUUAAAAUAACUCACAAUCAAAUGUCACGAAAAAAAAAAAAUAAAAAAAAAUAUUUUUCCUACAAAACAUAGAAAAGAAGUGUACGAAUUCUAAUAUUUUUCAAAACGGAAAUUGAAUUAUGGGAAGUAUGUAUGUAUGUAUGAAAAACCAAAUUACUUCCAAGAAGUGUCUGCGGGUCUGUUUGUUUGUCUACAGAGGCUUACUUACAGGGGGUGGAUGGGGAGAGAUGUGGGUAUUAUAUUUCUCCUGGUCAUUUUUAUUUCACCUAUCACUGAUCAUAUUCUGAUUUUCGCCCAUGUAUAUUAUCCUCCCCAUACAAAAAUGCUGAGCAUGCCACUGUCUGUGGGCGAUAUAUUGUCUGUCGAAUCGAUUGCACGCACAGGACUGACGAUUUACAUACAGAACCCCGACGAGCGGGUUCGUUUACAACUCGAAGUCGGAUUUCCGAAAUUCAACCACUAAAGGGUGGCUCGCACAGUAUGGGUUGCCUUGGCGAUGCGGACGACAAAAAAAAAAAAAAAGCCCACAGCAUUAUUAGUUAAUUUGAUUGUCACGGGCAAGCGGCCGACCCCAGCAAAUAGUUGGGAUGUAGGACGAGCGGAAGGUGGAGAAAAAGAAUACUGUCACGGGCAAGAAAGUAUACCUACCCUUUUUGGAAAAUAAAUUACCGGGCGACAAUGUUGGUUAUCCGUGACGGGGCCGAAAACGUGGGACCAUACGAUUGAGAUACGGUUUUAUUUUUUAUUUUUUCUUCCUAUUCAAUACUGUGCCCGGGCAAAGAGGCGCGGUACAGCUAUAGCUAGUAAAUAAUCAUAAUAACAACAUUAUAUUAUACAGCCCGACGAAGUGAUAAAUAUAUUAUACGCGCGUUCCGUUUGUUUUUUUUUUUUUAUUCGUUUUAGAUUGAUUCUCAAGGCCCGUUGCAAAUUAACAACAGACCCGCACCCAAGGUCGCCGCCGUCCCGGAAAAGGCGAAAAAAACCACGUCCGCCAUGGUGUCUUUGUCGUCGUCGCCGGCCCCGGUCGCGGCCCGACAGACGGAUCCUGUUUCUACUCCGGUUCCUGCUCCAGGGCCGGUUCCGUCGAUGCCGGCACCCCCGCCGCCGCCACCUCCACCGCCGUCGAAAAUGCCGCCCGUCCCUCCGCCGCCUCCAGCGCCGCCCGCGAUGGCCAAUUCUAACGGUGUUCCGCCCAUAAGUAAGUGUCUUGACGUACAAUAAUGCACGAAAUUCGGAAAACGAAUACAUACCUAUAAUACGUCCUCAAAGACGGUUUAGACGGUUUUCGUGAAAGAGUGUAUACAACUCACAUUUUGUCGAAUUUGACAUACUUCAGUUGAAAAGUCAUGACGAAUAUAUUGGUGACACUGAAAUUAGUCUCCUUUACUCCUUUUAAUAAUAUCAUAUAAUUUCUACAUCUGCGAGUUUAAGAAUAUAAUUGAACAAUUCUAUACAAACCUGUAGUAAAUUAUUCAGUUUUUUUUUUUCAUAUAAAAUAAAUAAUAAUUAAAAUAUUAAUCAUAUAAAUAACAAAAGUAAUAACAAUAAUAAUUAAUAAAAGUUAGGAGACUAAGUCCAAAAUACUUUUAUUUUAAGCAGCAGUUUGCAAGCGGUUUGAUCAACAAUAUUUUGUAUAUUAAUGUUUUCAUUUCGAUAUUCGAUGAAUACUUAAAAGUGUUAAGCCAGUUAGUCUUUGCUAAAUUUUUUUUUUUUGAUGAUAAAGUACGAUUUUUAAUGAGCCUCAAAAGUUAAAUUCUCAAGCAUUUCUGUUUGGUCUAACAAUUUUAUCUACAGAGUACCUACCGAAUAAAAAUUAUGUACAAAACUCUCAAAAUUAAAAUGUCUAUAAAGUGCUCAAAAGUUGUACCACGUCAAGAAAUGGCAAAUAUAAGUUUUUUGUCCAAAUUUCAAGCCUCUACAAAUAUUUUUAACUGAGUUACAACAAAAAACAAAACUGAACAUAAUAGAAGCAUUAUUUUCAUACAUUUUUCCGUUUUUCUUAAGUUUUAUCCUGGGUUUUUCUGAUAUUAUGAAAACUACUUGGAAAAUCAAAAAAUAACCUUCCUAAAGUACCAUCUAGUUAAUAUAACAAUUUUUUUUUUCAACAAAAGUGCUACAUUUACAUAUUAAAGCAAGAUUUCUGGUAGAAACUUGUGUCACAGUAUAUAUAUAAAAAAAAAAAAAAAAACGUCAUUAUAAAACCACUAGGUACAUGUACAUUUUUCGCUACACUUAGAAACUAAAAUUUAAAUUAAAUUAAUAAUUUCCAAUUUUGAUUCUAAAAAUAUAUUAUUUUAUUAUACCUUUGCAAAUUGAUUGUUUCCAUUUAGUUUUCCAUAAUUUUAUCUCGCCCUUGAGAAAAUAUUUAAUGCAAUUUAUAAAUGAGAAGUGGAAACACUUCUAGAAUGAAAAUUCUCGGUUCAGUCAAAGUAUUACCAAGAUCCAGAAUCGUCUUUAUGCCAUUUGGAACCAGUUGCAUUUGUACUUAUUAGUGCUUACGAAUAAUGGAUAUCUUGUUUAAAAAAAAAGAACAUUACACGGGUUAUGGGGGAGAGCGAUCCCCCCUUCAGGGACGCCCCUGGCUACAGCGAAUAUAAAUUAUAUCUAAUAAUUUGUCGUUUGAGAAAAAUAAUAUUAAAACGAAAACGAAUCAGAAUUAUAUUUUUUCUUCCCUUUUCGUAACAAUGUUACGAUAUCAUUACUUAUUAUACAGAUAUCUACCAUAAACAUAUAAAUCUAUAAAGUAUAGGGUACUACAGAUAUAUACUAUACAACUGAAUAAAAUAAUAAAUAAUCUUAUAGAACUGACGUAAUAAAAAAUAAUGAGCGUAAAAUGAUUAAUGUAAUAUUAAUAAUAUAAUAUGCGAUCCAGACGAUUUUAGAUAUGAAUUGAAAUCGUUUUUAAAAUACUCUAUUAAAAUAUGAUACGUGCAAUUAAUAUUAGUUGUGACAAUAAAACUAAGUGAUGGGUAUUGGAUGAGCAUAAUAUCGAAUCAUAAUUCUUAAUGAUUAUAAUACGUCAAUUUAAUUAAGCGCACGUAUUGUAAAACGGUGAAAUAUGCAGUACAUUAUAUUAUUAACAUAUUUCUAAAUAAAAAAUUAAGUGCUUGUUUAGCUUAUAAAAAUGACACACUUAUAAAUUAAAAAGGUAAACACAUAUUAGUUGUUAUUUAUAUUUAUUUGUCACGUGAUAAUAAUUGCAUGGUACAUGCUAUUAUAGUUGAGAAAAAUACGAACGAAUUAAUGAAUGGAAAUUUGUGAAGUAUAUACGUGUAGUUUUAUUAAUAGGUAUGAGUAGGUAACCUACUCAUAUUUUUUAUGAGUGUGUGCUAAUAGAUAAUAUUAUUUUUCGCGUAAAUAACUCGUUUUUGACAAGUCUUUAAUCUUUUAAAUGUAUCUCAAGUUGUUGAUUAUAAUAUAUAGUUAAUAAAAAUAUGAAAUAUGUUCAUUUUUGUUUUAAACUUACAUCACCGCAUUAUAACAUAUAAUUAUUUCCAAUUAAAUACAUAUGAUUAAUAUUGUUUUUUUUUCGUUUUAAUGUAUGUUUCAAUUAAAUAUUAUUAAAUCAGAGAAAAAGUAUUAACAAAUAAGAAUUUUCAAAAUUCAAUACACUGCAGUUACAAAAAUAUACGUAUAGAAUUAUUAAUACUGAAUAAAUUAUGUUUUAGAUUUUGAGUGAAGUGAAGAAGCUUAUGGUUUUACAAUGAUGUUUAUUUUAUUUACUUCUGUGGACAACAUUUCUACCGGAAAUCUUGCUUCGAUUUUUAAGUGUAGCACAUUUUCUGAAAAGAGAUCGGACUGGAGAGGUACUUAAGAACAUUAUUUUUUGAUUUUCCUAGAAGUUUUCUCAAAAAAUGGGAAAAACGGGAAAAUAGGUACAAUAUUAAACAAAUAUUACUAAAGAAAAUUAUAUAAUGCCUACAUAAUUAUUUUCUCAAAAUAUGGCAUAAAUAUUGUUGACCAAGCAACAUUAUCAACUGAAUUCCGCUCAGAAUCGUUUUAUCGUUAGCAAUGGUUCAUCGUUACUUACAGAUGUACAUUAAAUUUCCCCUCUACUACCUUCCCAACUUCUUAGCUAUAGCAGUGGCCCAUCCACGUGCGAAGUAUGUCCGUUUUUUUUUUCAUUACGACAUGUAUAUAUUUUUAACGUAAAGUAAAUAUUUAAUAAACAUAAUGGGUAUGACAUACAUGCAGAUAAUAUUUCGAUCAUUAUUUUAUUGAAACAUAUGUUUAUAGGUACUUAAUAUUAUAUAAAGUUAUACAUUUUAAAAAAACAAACCAAAUUAAAAUGGUGUUGAGUAUAUUCAAAUGAAUAUAGUUUGCGAUUUCAAAUAUCUUAGCGUAGAAAACGCGAUAUUAUAAGAUAUAUAUUGAAACAAGAUUUAGGUCGUGGAUGUAUAUAAAGCCACGCUCUAUGUAAACGUUUCUAAAUAAUAAUUGGCCUUAAUCCAAACAAGUAGAAUAAAUUUUAAUUAUUUUACAAAGUGAUGAUAUGAGAGGAAAUGUUUCGUAACUCGAUAAAUUCUUAACGAACAAUAAUAUUGUAUUUUAGUAUAGGUAUGCAAAAGAUAAUAUUUUAUGUAACUUAAGCUCGUUGAUAUAGAUUUUUUUAAUAAAUUGCAGGUGUUAACGCUAGAUAUACUUUAUGAUAUUUUAUAAUUGGUCGUAAUAUAUAAUAAAUAUAAUUUAUAAUAAACAGACUACAGUGUGAACGAUAUAGCGUAAGAUGCGUAUUAUCUCGGAGAGUAUCAACUUUUUGGCGGAAUUAGUUUCUUUUAGACCAUUGCAGGGACGAAACAUGUUACAUUAGUGUUAUUUUUUGUCACCUUUUUUUGGGGGGGGGGAGGUUGCAAGUAGCAACCUAUACAUAACAUUCUAAAAAUAGAUGAAGUUUAAGUCUAAAUACAUUUUAAUGUUGACGUUUGUAAUUUUUUUCGAUCUGUAGACGAGAUAUUUCACUUUUAAGUUUAUCGUUUUGCCGGUAGAAAAGAGACAUAUUGGGAAACGGCAUUUAGAUGGUUUUUGUGAAAAACAUGACAACAAAUAAUAUAUAAUUCGGUUUUAAAAUUUUAGAUUCCGAACGUAGCGAGGGAGCUAUUCGUUUUACUAAGAUGUUUAAUAUUUUUUUUCUAGUCGGUGGACACAUUUUUUCCUUGUAAACUUGUUCCGAUUUUUACGUGCAGCAUCUUUUUUGAUAACUCAAGUUGUCUAAAUUAUACUUUAAACAGGUUAUUUUUUGAUUAUCGAUGUCAUUUUUUAAAUAAAAGCAUUUAAGUGGGGAAAACGUAAGAAAACAAUUUCACAAUUUCAUUAUUUUUUAAAAACACGGAAAAUGUUUUUUACCGGAAAAAUUUAUUUAAUCGAAAAUCACAAGACACCUUUUUUGUUGAUUCUUUGAUUUACUCUCUUAUAGUAUCAUCGCCAAAUAUUUGAGCCUUUUUUGAGCUUUUAAUGAAUUUUAAUUUUUUGGAGGUUUAUUGCUGUUAUUCGGUUAUAAAUUGACGUAAAGACUUGAAACUUGGUAAAAAUACUUAUAUUGGACUUACCUAGACGUGGUAAAAUUAACAAUAUCAUCAGAUGACUUUUUUUUUAAAUAAACGUUUUGAAAUCAAAUUUAAACAAAAAUUGCAAAAAAAUUACGGCACUUCAAAUUAUAUAUUACCGAACUGCGCUCGGAAUCGUCUUUUGUCAAGCAAAGUUUUAUCGUUGCUUACAGAUAUAAAUUAAAUAACCUUAUGUAUCCUACCUUCCCAACUUCUCUCCUACAGUGGCCGCUCCCAUCCCCAGUAUCAGCUCUUUAUUUUUUAAUUUUAGAUUCCGAGUGAAGCGAAGAAGCUCAUUGUUUUACAAAGAUGUUGAAUUUUUUUUUUUUAAUUGUUUAUUAUUUUUGUUUUUAUUUAAAAUAAUUUGCAUGGUAAAUAUCUGACUAGGAAAGUACUUGAAGAGGUAAUUUUUCGAAUUUCCCAGGAGUUUUCCCGACAACAGGGAAAACUGCCAAAUCAUGAGAAAACCGGAAAAAACGUAGUAAAAACGGAAAAAUCGGUUCAAUAAUAAACAAAUAUCAUUAAAGAAAAUAUAUAAUGCGUAUUUAAUUAUUUUAUCAUAUUAUGAAAUAUAUAUUGUUUACAAAGCAUCACUAUCAACUGAACUCACCAACAACAGUGGCUGCUUCCAUCUCCAGUAUCAGAUCUUUUUUCUGUUUAUACAUUGAUUCUGAAUGAAAUUUUGCACCGCGUUUAGUGGUAGGAUUUUUAGAUAAAUAUUUGCCAUAAGAAGUGUAACGAGUCACUAUUCAAAUGUAAUAAACGUGAUAAAAAAAACCUGGAUAAAAAUUUGAAUAUUCGGCCGGAUUUUUUUUUUUGUAUUUUUCUCGGUUUUUAUAUUUCAAAUAUUUUGUUUAAAUUUUAAACAGAUAUUUUUCUAAAUUCUAUGAAUUGCCUAAAUUCAAACUUAUUAAUUUGUAUAAUAUAUGAAUAUGUACUUAAAACUAAUAAAAUGACCAAAAAUUGCUAAAAAAAAAAAAAAUGUUCUAAAAAUUGGAAAAAUGUAUAAUAGAAGUUUCACUUUUAAAGUGUCUAUAACAUGAACCGAGUACUUGGAAAGCAAAAACCUAAAAUAAAUAAUUUAUCAUUCAAACCCGGACCCAAGUGAUAAGUUAUACAAUAAUUUGUAUGGAAAUGGUUAAAAUAUUGUUAGAACUGAUGAGUCAUAUCCAUAUGUGUACCUAAAAUUUGAUAAGUCCUUUAAGAUACCCACGGGCUUAAUUAAUAACUUGUUCGAUACCAUUAUUAUAUAUGGUAGGUACGUUAAUAAAAAGUUACUUGAAAUAAUUUUUGUACAAAAAAUAUGUAUAAUAAUGAUUAUUCUUAAUAUUUAAUUAAAUUUAAAUUUAAAAUAUAUAGAAAACAAUUUUGAUUUUGAAAAAAAAAAACGUUUGUAUUAAUUUCUGAAAAAUUUGAAUUUUUGACGGAUCAUAUUAUUCAUAAUAAUUUGUAUUUUGUACGGCAUUUAAGAGUUGCAAGUUUCUUAAAUUUUUUUAAAAAAUUAACUCUGAAGAAAGUUAAUACUUCCGCGAUAAGGAGUGUCUUAUUACGUUAUGUUGAUCGUCCUGUAUAUGGGUAUAUAUUGUAAAUACUAUAUAUUUCAUAAUAUACAAUAUAUUAUGAUUUUAGGUAGUUCCUGGUAUACUAUAUUAUAGGUGGAUAAAAAAAAAAAACGUAUCGAAAUUUGAAAAAAAAAAAAAAUGUAUUUAAUCAAAAAUAAAGUAAAAAAACAACAAUGCUGUAAGUCCCUCACGCUGUUGCGAAUCAAAGGUCAAAAAACGUCAAUACCUAUUACAAGAGCGCAGUAUAACGUAAUGUCGUGAUGAUCAUAAAAUGUAACGUAAAUAUAGUGUUGGAAACGUUCCCAAUUAAAAUGUUUAAUUAGACUAGGUACCUAUAUAGAGUAUUAGUAAAUCCAAUAAGAACGAAUAAGCCGCUUCUUUUAAUCGCUAUUGACACUUCGGUUAUUUCUCAGCUAUAUUUUUGUCGCGUGCCAUAUUAUACAUACCUGUCUAUAUAUUCGCUGUUACAUUCAAUAUGAUCUGCUAAAAGUGUAUAAUUAAUCGGUCUAAAUACAAUACGUAUGUUAUUAAAAUAAAUUACGGGUGUUCAAAUUUGAUUAUCGUUACACAUAUAUAGCGAGAAAGCCGCCGACACCAGAAAAAAUGAAGAAAUUGGAAGGCUUACGGAGUCGACCCAGGAGGCGUCCCGAUUGGUCUGACAUGAUGAAAGAAGUCGAAAGCGGCAAGAAACUCAAGCAUGUGGAGUGUAACGAUCGCAGUGCUCCGAUAAUAUCGAGUACCAAGUCUCAAGGACAAGUGAGCGUCAACAUCGUAUCUUUGGUUUCGGGGAAGAAAGGCUUGAGUCCGGUUUUGGAAUUUCGUUUACAUUCUGCGCGAAGCGAGAAAUGUAUUGGUUCUGUAAUCAUGUGUUUUUGUUGUUUUUUUGAGUCUGUUAACAAUUUUCCGAAGAGCAGAAAUCAUGCUCCGAUCAAAAACUUUGUGUACAAGACAUUUUUCAUAGAAUGCUCAAUAUCUAAUUGGUACGUCGUGGAGGUUAUUCUUGAUAAAUGAGAAAUGACAAUUACUUGGGUAAUUUUUAUUAAUUCCUCUGACUUCAAAACUAAAUUUACUUCUAACGAAAACUAUAUAAAAUUGACUUAAGACCUUUCUUCCAUGGGAAUAAAGAUAUUAUUAUUAUCUCAUUUCCGAAAAAAAUUGUCUUGAAUAUCCACACAUUUAUUACACUUUAUAAUUUUAAUGUGUAUAGUUUUUGUACGAAUCCGAAACGAAAGCGGAAGAAACCGAUCACCAUCAGCUACUGAAAGACAUUCAACAUGGUGUCAAGCUCCGCAAAGUUAAGACCAACGACAAGAGCAAACCAUACAUUGAAGGUAAAUACAUUAUAAUAAGAACUACGUUUUAUUUAGAAACUUUAAUUAUAUUACGACAAAAUGGAGACGUUAUUAGAAAUUAUAUACAGUGGCGUGUAUAAGAAUUUUCAUUAGGAGGGUAUGUAGUAAAUAAUAAUUAUAAAUAAACCGUAGAAACUUCUUCUACGUCUAUAAUAGCCCGACAGAAGGAAUUUAAAAGCCGAUUCCAAAAAGCCAAUUUUUGUCUAAUAAAUUUAGCUUAUCCUAGUAACUCGACGAAGUUCCGUUAAACGCCUGGUGCCACCAAUGUUUUUAAGCCGAUGGGGAGGUGAGGGAUAAACCCCCAAUUUCCCCUUCCUCGCGUACGCCUCUGAUUAUAGGUUAUGCUAUAGUUUUAUCAAUAUAUACAUGAGAUUUAAAAAAAAUUGAAACACGGGUUAUACUUCUAUAAAUUUAACCCAAUAUAACGUGUGAAAAUUGAAAUCACGCGAUGAAAAAACAACAACCGUGUUAUAUAUCUAAAACUAAUAAAGGAAAAAUGAUAAAAAAAUAAAUAAUAAUAAAAAACAAGUAACGAGAUUAUAACGUUAUUAUUGAAGUUUUUUUUUCGUAAAAAUUAAAAACUAAUCAAAUUAUCUGCUUCCGAUGACAUAUGAGUUUGUUUUGGGAGUAUAAAAUCACCACCGCUGAUCGGUGGUUUGUUUCCUACGCCAUGAAAUACGUAUUUUCGAUUCUUUUCGAUAGAUAUUCUAUAUUUUAUAGAAACUAUCGCAGAUAAAUUUUUAGUCCAUUUAUUUCAAGAAUAUUGAAAUAUUACUUGUAUUUCAUUACUUUAAUAAUUUAUUUAAUUUGUAAGCUAAAUAUAACCAUUCACAAGUUCUUUGAUUAAAAUAAAAUGUAUAAUAUAUUAUUAUUCUAUUGGAUAGGUAGGUACGAAUUUUCAAUUAUUUCAUCUGUUUUUGCGGUUGUAAAUUGUAAUUUUAAAAAUGUUUGACCUUUUUUAUUUAUCUAUUGUUAUUUAACUUUGUUUAACUAAAUGUUAAACAGGUCUUCGGAAAUUCAGAAGACAGGAAACGAUUGACGAAAAAAUACAAAAGUCUGUGUCCAUGGCCGAUGUUGUGGCCGCAGCCGCAAUGCCAGACGAACUCGACGAUAUCGAUAAAGUAUGUUCGAAACAGUCGACGAUAAUAUAUAUAUUACAAACACGUUUUACUUGGUAAUAUUAUAUUUUAUCAAUAGGUAAGAGACGAUUUGCAAUCAGCCAAGCAAAUGCUCGCCUUGGAAUUACGAAGUAAAGAAGCUCUGGAACGGGAAAACAAACGACUUUUAGCCAGAGUCACGAAUUUACAAGAAGAACUGAAAAAUAAACCGGCUAGUACCACGGGACUGACGAGAUCAGACACGGAUCAACAAGUACGUCAUAAUAUUAUUAAUCGUAAAUAAUUAUUAAAUUAAAACCGGACUUCGUUUUUUUUUUUUUUUUUUUUAUCCGUAGCUCAUUAAUAAAUUAAAAGAAGAAGCGACGGAAGCCGAUCAUAUCGUCAAAGACAUGGAACAAAAAUAUCAUGUGACCGCAGAGGAGUUGGACAGCACCCGGCGAAAACUCGAAAGCGCUUGGUUGAGAAAUCAAAAACUAGAAUUGGAACUGAAAGCCGCGUUGUCCAAUCGGGCGGUGGCUCAGCAGCCAGUGCCCCGGACGAUGUCCAUGAAGAAAUUAUCCGUGACACCGUCCGUCGAACAUCUGUCCGAGGAGGAGGAGACGGAUGAAGACGACGAGGAAGACGACAGCUCGGAGGACAACUCUAGCGACGCGUCGCAGGAAAUUGACGAGGCCCGAAGGUCGGCCAGAGAACUAAAACUGUUGGAAGUGAAACUGAAGGCGGUCCGGGACAAGCAAACGUCCGCGCUGAAAGAGCGUCGGACGCUUAAACAAGAGCUGUCCAAGAGGCAGACGGAGCUCAAGACCGAGAAGAAAAAGUACAAAAUGCUCCAGAAAGAAGUAGACAAAAUGGCUAAACUCAUGAGAGAUACUGACGACGAAGACGAAGAGGACGACGACGAGGACGAACAGGACGAAGACGAAUCGGAAGAGGUGAGUGUAUCAUGUACCUAUCUAUUAAUUAUGCUUACCGCCAGUCGAGAAAUAGUCUAUCCCGUCGAAAUCCUUUCGCCCUCAAACUGAAAAAGUUACGACAGCGAUAGAAAUACCUAUUAUAAUAUUGGUAAUUAUUUCGCUGGUGAUUUCAGGAGAGCGAAUCAUCGGAGAGCGAAGAGAGCGACGACGAGCCGCACAGCGAAGGAGAAGCUCCCGCGACGGCCACGCCCGACCAGAAAAAGGAGAACUUGAACCGCCGGUCCAAAUACUACGAAGGCCGGCUGACGUCGCUCAAAAAGGGAAAUUACUUGCUCAGGGCCAACGUGGAACGAUUACAGGACGACGUGAACAAACAGAAAGAAAUGUCACUAGUGUUGCAGGAAGAUUUGAAUUCAGUAUUGGCCGAACUCGGGUAACGCGGUUCUAUAAUAAUAAUAUUAUCACAGAACGUUUCGACUGCGCACGAGGAUUACGCGAUAUCGUCGUCGAUUUCGCGUGUCGUCGUUAUAACAUUAUUGAACAAUAACGAAGACCACAGUCCAAAAACAAUAACAAAAAAAGAAAGAACCGCGUUUAUAAUACCGCGAAAACAAUAUUAUUAUACAACAUUAUUGUGUGGCUUGACUCGUUGGACGAUAUUGUUACUACGUGAUCUUUUUAAUUAAAUCAAAUAUAACGUAUUA